CGAAAUUUACUCUGAAGAUUGCGCUCGCGAUGAUGUAUAUGUUGAAACUAUGGCUCACAAAAAGGCAAAGGAAAUAUUACUUAAAACGGGCUGUGUUAUACUUAUUGGACCUCCAGGAGAAGGAAAGACAACUAUGGCUACGAAAUUGUUAUUUGAAACAUCUCAAAAAGGUUCCUGUCUAAAGCUUACCUUGCCCACAGAUUGGGAUAAUAUUGACAUCAACAAAAGGAUGUUUGAUACAAUUUUCAUUGAUGAUAUAUUUGGUGCUGGAGCACUGGAUGAAAACCUUCUAAAUGAGUGGUCUCUACGUUGCAAAGAUAUUGAGAAGGCUUUACAAGCAAGAAUGAUAAGAAUAAUAAUAACUUCUCGGCAUUAUAUAUAUUUCGAAGCACAAAUGAAAAUCCGAAAAUGUACUUUAUUUAACGAAAAGAAUAUCCAGCUUCUUGCAUCGUUUAAUCUUACUGAUUCAGAAAGAACGGACAUAAUUAAAAAACACGUGCAAAAGGCUGAGAGAAUAUUAAGCUCUACAGAAAUAAAAAGAUGCAGUCAAGCGUACGAAAACGCAUUUGCAUCCUCAAGGAAUGAAUGCAAAUUACCAUUUGACUUGGGGUUGUACCUCCAAACUGAAGGCCGCAUUAAAGCAAUGAUUGGGUUUCCCGAAAUCGUUUCUUUGUUUUCCAAUGGUGAUGAUUUAUUUAAAUGGGGCUCUUACUUCUUUUCGAAACCGGCAUUGUUUUUUAAAAAGUGCAUAGAGGAGCUUUUUGUAGAUGAAGAAAAAUUUUUGAUAUUGAUACUUAUUUGGGCCAGACCAGACAAAAAAUUACACUUAACCAGUAUUCAGCCGAAUAAUAUAUCAAGAGAAAUUAAACAGAUUGCUCUAAAAUUUGGCAUCGACUUGAAAGGACAUAUUGUCAGAGUCUUACUCAAGUCAGUAAAAUAUCAUAAAUCGGGGUUCAUUCAAUUUGACGAAAGUACAGGAUGUUGUUCUUUUACACAUACUACAAUAAGAGAUAUGGUUGGUUUGGUUGCUGGUCACGAUUAUCCAAAUGCAGUAGUGGAAUUUGCUGACAUGGGGUUCAUUAUGGAGUAUGUAACAACCGAGAAUUCAAAAAAUGAUGGAUACCAUAUUUUUGUUCAUGAAUAUCAGUAUUUUGAUCUACUUAAAGCAAUUUGUAAACAUAUGAAUGUGAAAAGGCAGAACGCAUUCUUAUCUAUUGUUGCAAAGAAAAGAGAUUACGAAAUUCGGAAUAAUUUCGGCCCUGUUUAUAUUGAUUUUUCACUACCUGGAGAGCUAAACAUUGAUACGUCCGUUUUGAAACACGAUUGUUUCAAUCAAUUGCCGUUCGUAGAAAUGUUUUGUGAAAGCAAAGAAGGAAAAUUCUUCAUGUCAAAACCCGUUGACAUAUUGCCAGUGAUUUGUCUUGACUGGAACUGCGAUAUCAAUUUAGGAGGAAUAAUCCCUGUCUAUCUACCUACGCUAGCGCUUCUGUACAAACACAAGUUUCUCCUAAACGUGUAUUUCGAAAAGGCACUUCAUCUAGUAAUUAACGAAUCACUGUUCAUACGUACAAGUUUACUAGUAGCUUCCCAUCAAGGUAUGAAAGAUGUUAUUGAACUGUUGCUAAAACAUGGCGCUGUUGUAUGUGCAGAAGCGGUAUAUUUUGCGGCUGCUAAAGGCCAUGUCGAGAGUCUUGCAUGUUUACUUGAAAAUCGAGAACAGAUUCGUGUUACCUACCCUAAUAGCUUGAAUAAAAACAGUCCUCUGAUUGCAGCAGCGAAAUGCGGAUCUACAAAAUGUAUUGAACUACUACUUCGUAAUGGUGCUGAUAUCAAUUUCAGAAAUAAAAAUAAUUGGUCAGCUUUGGACAAAGCAAUUUUAAAUCACCAAACAGAAGCAUGCAAAAUGUUACUUGUACACAAUGCUCAAGUUAACUGUAAAGCUGGAAAAUAUAAGAGGACGCCACUUCAUAUAAGUGCCGACAAGGGAGAUAAAGAUAUUACAGAAUUGUUGUUAAAGUACGGAGCUUCCAUUACUGCAAAGGAUUUCAGAGGACAUUACCCUAUACAUUGUGCUGUUCUUACAAAGUUUCCUUGUAUAAAAGUAGUAGAAAUGUUACUAAAUGCUGAUGUUUCUCGGAAAACAUUGACACGUAGAAUAUCCUAUGGAAUUAAAUCGGCCAUUAAAGGUGCAGAUAUGUUUCAUGUUGCCGUGUACAAGGCGGAUUGUAGACUUGUGGACUUACUGUUGAAACACAAUCUAACCCCAAACAUUCAGGACUUUUAUGGACAGACACCAUUUUACCGAGUGAUAGCUGAUUGUCACCAAGAAACGAAAUCUUCAAAUGAGGUAAGUGGAGAUUCUUUCGAUGGUAUAUUGAAAGAAGUAAUGGAUGUGAUAUUUAAAGUUCGACCAGUUAAGAUGAAAUUCGGCAAAUGGUCAAGCAUGCAGAUUAUUAAAAGACUGUUGCCAAUUGCAGACGUUACGACGCCAGACAGACACGGAUAUACGCCAUUGCAUGCUGCAGUUCAUAAAGGUUUGACAGAAGUUGUAAAAUUGUUGUGCCCGAAAGUAAACAUCAAUGCGCAAGAUAAAUAUGGGAAAACGCCUCUUCAUACCGCAUGUGAGCAACUAGAUUUAGAAAUAUUUACAAUAUUAGUAAAAGACUUCAAAGCUGAUUAUCGAAUGCUGACAAAAUCUGGUCAAUCUAUUUUUGAUAUUUUACAAAAAAGGACAUCGUGGAAAAAUAUUUGUAGGAGAUACAGGGAUAAAAAACCUGUUAAAAGUUACAUGUUAGAAAAACCACCAUUUAAGUCUUUUAGAGAUGUUAUCGCUGCCAAAGAUCCUGAAUUCGCAAGUAGAGGGAGCGAAAACGACAAAUUGAACAGUGUAUGAGCCUGACUGCGUAUUUGCUUAAAUUCAAACGUUCACUAUAUGUUUGAAUUAUAUUUAGGUGCAAUGGGAGAGGACGGUAGCUUACUACUGUCUAUUAUCAGGCUCAAUUAAAUCUUGUCUAGAACGUUUUCCAUUUGCGGUUUCUUCCAAAUGAACUUAAUUUGGAUCCUUAACUUAGGAUAUUAUCGAUUUCAUAGUAUACUUUUCCUUGUUUAUAACAAUUGUUUUUAUGCCACCGACCUUAUAAAAACUAUGGUUUGCCAUGCAAACCAUAUUUCCCUUCUAUUUGUUGAUUUUUCCCCACUGACGUCUUACUGUUUAAAUAUCUUUCGACCGAUACGUCAAACAUACUUGUAAAAAACUGCCUUUUACAUAAUUGAGUCCGAUAAAAUUAUUGAACAGUGUGAUCUCUCCGAAGGAUUAAAACAACAAAAUUACAUGUUGAAUUGAGACUUCAGACGGAUUAUGAAAAAAAAACACAUCUCUCAUCACCCUCUAGCUUGAGCGGUACUAGUUUAACAAUGACAUUGAUUUUAUCAGUGAACCAGAAAAAUAUAACAACACUGAAGUAAAGUAAGGACUGCUGCUAUAAAAGGAAAAUUUAUACCAUAGUUUUUUGUCAUUCCUCCUGCUCAUAUCUGUCACACCAGCCGUAUUUGGUAAAACAAAACUAAGUAAUUGUACAUUGUGAAAACUUUAUCAUAGUGUCCUUGUAUCAUCAUAAAGUUACUAGUAUUUAAAGAAUAAACAUAUGUAUUAUAUUCUUUAAGGAUGACAUUAAAAUGUACCCAUUCGGAAAAAAUAUGUCCGAGGUAUAAUGGUUCCUUAUGUUUAAAUGUCAAAGUAACAAUAAAUCAUGGAGAAAAUCUGGUAAAAUUACUUUGAACACAUUUGUGUUCUGAUUAAAGUUAUUAAUUUAUUUUUCUUAUCCACAAAAAAUGAAAAUAAAAGGAAAAAUCGUGUUUGUUUUUAAAGACAGAUAAAAGGUUUUCUUCAACAGGAAUGAUUGCCAUUCCCUUGAAAUUAGAUAAAUAAAUUAAAUGAAAAUAUUAAAUGUCAUUUUACUGACAACAAACAUAUAAAAAUUGCAAUAUGAGUAAAACAGUUAUUGGUUACUCCC